CGCAUGCGCAGGCGCGUGCUCGUCGCGGCCGCUGCGGGUUUUGCACACACGCCGCACAGGGACGCGACGCGACAGUUGCGGGGGAAUCCAUAGCAACGGCGGAUAAACAUGAGUUACUACAGCAGACCCUCCAGUUCCUCCAGCUUCGCGUCCACCGCCAUGACCAGUACGCUGGAGGACGACAGUCUGAACCUCAGACAGCAAAAACUGGAGAAACAGAGGGCGCUGUUGGAGCAGAAGCAGCGACGGAAACGCCAGGAGCCGCUGAUGGUCCAGCCGAACCCCGAGGGACGUCCUCGGCGCUCACGACCCCGUCGCAGUGAAGAACAAGCGCUUCUCGUCGAGCCACACGUCAGCACGGGCAGUGACAUCAUCCUAGAUGGCAUCGACGGGCCGGCGGCGCUGCUGGGAUCCGAGGCUCCGGAUCUGGGAUGUAAGAUCCAGGUUCUGUCCGUCAGUCAGACGCAACAGUCCUCGCCGCCCGCCGCAGAAGAGCCGGAGACCGACGCCGACACCGACACACUGCUGGAGCCCAAGACUGACAUACACACACUGCUGCAGAGACGUGGACUGUCGGGCAGUAUGAACUACGAUGAGGCCAGCGAGGAUGAUGAGGAUGAAGCCGAAGAGCAAAGCCGAUCGCUUUCCCCGAACACAGAGAACACGCGACCGGCGUCGGCCUCCAGCACUAAAUCCACCACGGAGUGUAUCCCGGCGAGUUCUCCAUCCGCCGAGGGCUCCUCCGUGGAGGUGGAUAAUCUGGAGGAGUUCGUGCUUCGUCCGGCUCCGCGGGGCGUCACGCUCAAGUGCCGCAUCUCCCGGGAUAAGAAGGGCAUGGACCGCGGACUCUACCCAACAUACUUCAUGCACCUCGAGAGAGAAGAUGGCAAGAAGGUGUUCUUAUUGGCUGGACGCAAGAGGAAAAAGAGCAAGACAUCGAACUAUCUGAUCUCUGUAGACGCCACAGAUCUGUCCCGUGAGGGCGAGAGCUUCAUAGGGAAACUCAGGUCUAAUCUGAUGGGGACGAAGUUUACCGUGUACGAUAAUGGCACGAACCCUUCGAAAAGCCCCGGAGCACUGCUGGAGGAGAGCAACACACGCCAGGAGCUCGCCGCCAUCUGCUACGAGACUAAUGUUCUGGGCUUCAAAGGGCCGCGGAAGAUGACUGUGAUCAUUCCUGGCAUGAACAUGAAUUUCGAACGGGUCCCGGUUCGGCCCCCUUGUGAGCAGGAGUCUCUGCUGAGUAAAUGGCAGAAUCAUUCCCUGGACAAUCUGAUAGAGCUGCACAAUAAAGCGCCGGUGUGGAACGACGACACUCAGUCAUAUGUGUUAAACUUCCACGGUAGAGUCACUCAGGCGUCCGUCAAGAACUUUCAGAUCGUCCACGACAAUGACCCGGAUUACAUCGUGAUGCAGUUUGGCCGUGUGGCGGAGGACAUCUUUACUCUGGACUUUAACUACCCCAUGUGUGCCCUGCAGGCGUUUGCCAUCGGCCUGUCCAGUUUCGACAGCAAACUGGCCUGUGAGUGAAUCUGUGACACGACGACACACACCAACCUCUUCCACUCAGGACACUAAAGCACAGUCGUCUCCUUACGGAUUUGUGCUCCACCCAAAUAGAUCUCAAACAAGGACCAAAUUAAUUCGCUUUUGUAAAUGAAACACAUCAAAUCGUUUAACGUUCGUGAGAUAUCAUGCGAGUUAUUUACCUGCUUCCUCUUUUCCGAAAAGAGAAAAUGCACGGGAUUUAUGCUUUAAUCGGACCAAUAGAAAAGACACUGUGGGAUAUUGUGCAACGGAGAGAUUUUUAUGAUAUUUUCUGUGAUGUUAUGAAAGUGUCUGAUGGAUUUGAGAGGGACGUCUCACAGGGUUAGUUCACUUAAAAAUGAAAAUUAAGUCGUUUACUCACCCUGGUGUUGUUUAAAUGUCGUUUGCCAUUCUUUCUUUUUUGGACCAGGAAAGGAGAAAUGUUAAAAAAUGUUAUUCUUCCAUGUAAUGGCAGUGAAUAGCGACCAGAAUCAAGCUUUAAAAAAGUGUCGUAAGUGUGAAUCCAAGUGUAAAUAAAAAACAACACGAGAUUUCACGUAUUAUUUAAAGAAAAUGUCCUGCUCACGGCCGACUGAGAGUUGUGAGAAAUCAAGAUUAAUAUACUCUUAAAUUCGAUUUUUUUUUUUUUUUUUUUUUACCAAUCGCUAUUGUAUAUUCCUAGAAAACGUGGGGUAUAAAUAACACGUGUCACAUGGGACCGUUCUGGGAUACUUUUGCAGCUUUUAAAAAAAAAUCUUGAUGCUGAUCGCUAUUGUAGACGAGCGUGAACGGGACAUUUUCGAGGUCCGAAAAAGAAAGAACAACACUAGGGUGAGCAAACGAUGACUUCAUUUUAAUUUUAGGGUAAACUAUCCCUAUAAGAACCAAUCAGAUUUCACCUCUGAGAUUAAAAGAAGUUAUAUUUUGUAUGGAGAAAAUUAAUCAUGUAAUGAUAAAUUGUAAAUGGGAAUUACAGACAUUAAAAUGUGCUUAAUUUUCUUCAGGUACAAUAUAAUUUCUCAUUUUCCUUUUGAUAACGGGGUGAUAUGAAUAUACUUUUUCUUCAUAUUUACGUUUUUAUUCGGAUGAUGUUAUUGUAUUUUUGCAUUCAUGGUAGAAUAUGAAAAUUUUAACACAUUCUGUUUUUAAAUGUGGUUCAUUAAUUGUCUUUUUAAAAUCUUUGCUGUCCAACAAUCCCUGAGAAAACACAUUGCAUGUUGGUAAGCGCUGGACCCUUUGGCCACGUCUCAGUCGUCCAGCUUCCCUCUCGUGCCCUUGUGUUGACCUUUGAGAACUGACGCACACUUUUGUGAAUGCACACUUCUGGUAAUCACCGCUGCUGCAUGGAUUGUGAAAGUUGCCUUAACAUGUUGCUGUAGUGUAAAUAGUGUCUGAAUGCUGUGUUUACAUCUUGAGAAAGGGAAGUUCAAGCACAUUUGUUCCUGUUAAAUGUGUAUUCCUAUUGAUAUGACUGAUGUGUGUGUUGAUAUUCAUCAUCUGUUGUGUGUGUGUGUGUGUGUGUGUGUCAGCCAAGAGUGUACUGAUAUAUAUGUAUAUUAAAAAAAGCGAAACAUUUUUGCUUUCAUUUUAAAACAAUAACCUGUUUGCACAAACUGUAUUUUAUGAAGACACUGUUGGUAGAAAUACAGUUAUUAAAAGUCAUAAAUAUUUGAAAAA